GAGCAUACAUUAUUUUGUAAUAAAGGAAAAACACUCAUUCCUCAGCUGAAUAGUAAUAAGUUCCCUCCAACGAUAAGAUAACUGUAAAAAAAGGCGAGGAGGGUAAUCAUCUCGUUAACGGCGAUCCGGUCUGUCCUGUCCCCCAUUCAUUGUUCUCUCCUUCCUUUCACCUUUGUACUGUUAAAGGUGUCGGUCGGUGGUAUGGCAGACUUUAAAUUGUGUGUGUAGUUGGGAUUUUUGAAGAUAACUAACUCGAGGGUUUAAAGUUAACUAACGGUGUGAAAGAAUAAGUCGGUAAAUUUCUAGUAAUUGCAAGUAAUUAAUUUUGUUGCCGAGAAUUAAGGAGUGAAGACUGUUUCGUGAACUUGAUUGAUUAACAAUUUAUUAGACAGUGACGACGAUAAGUGACAAGGUUAAGAAGGCGAUAAGUAGACGAGGAGGACGACAUUAUCUUAUUGAAAGUAUAACCGAGGCGAGGUAUCAGCGACUUUUUCCUUGGCUGGCCCCACCCACCACACCACCACCCCACCUGCCCCUACCGCCACACCCGACAAGUUUGCUAUUAUGCAAACCCUUUUUUCCUCAUGUUGAGUUGAAGGGAUGAAGCGAAGCGCUGACAGAGAUAUGGGUACUCCUUUGAAACGUGCAAGAAAUGUGGGUCAUGAACUUCGCAUCUUGAUCCCAUCCAGGAACGCGGGCAGCAUUAUUGGCAAGGGUGGCAGCAACAUUAGUCGCUUAAGGACAGAGAACAAGGCAACAAUCAGUGUGCCAGAUUGUCCGGGUCCGGAACGACUCAUCACGAUCGCGGCGGACGAUCAAGAUACCAGUUUCAACGUGUUGACAGAGAUUGUGCCUCUACUUGAAGACGCGAGUAGUAAGAAUGGCAGUCGGAGCAGUGGUGGUGACCGUGGGUCAGACUCGGGUGCUGCGACCUCCAGUUCAGGGGCGGAAGUUCGUCUCCUCCUGCACCACAGCCAGGUCGGCUGCGUCAUUGGCAAGGGAGGCGGCAAAAUUAAGGAGCUUAGAGAGUCGAGUGGUGCCCAGAUUAAGGUGUAUGGGAGUUGUUGUCCUCGAAGUACAGACCGCGUUGUGGCCGUCGUGGGUGGAUCGGACGUUGUGGUAAAUGCUGUCAAGCAGAUUGUCGCAUUAGCGGCGGAUAGUCCCAUCAAAGGGAUGAGUGAGCAGUACGACCCGCACAACUACGACGAACUGUACGCGGCUCAAUACGGGGGAUUUGGGGAAGGGCGAGGUGGUGGGUAUGGUGGAGAUCGCGGCUACUCGCGUUCCAUGGGGGGAGGAGGAGGCGGGGGACGAAUGAUGUCCGGAGGUGGUGGUGGAGGAGGCGGUGGCGGCGGGGGGUCGAGAGGCUCCUCCUCCAGAUAUCGGAAUGGCGGCGGUGGUGGCGGAGGGAGAGGAGAUGGACUUAGGGAGAGUGGAAGCUCCUCGUCGCGAGGAGGCAGUGAUCGUGGUGGCAGUCGUCACCGGAGUGGAGGGAGCAACAAUGGAGGUGUACGCGGCGGUAGUGAUGGUGCCGGUGGGUCAUAUGACGAAUAUCCGGACGCUGAGAGGACCACGAAUCAAGUUACGAUACCGAAAGAGUAUGCGGGGGCAAUUAUUGGGAAGGGAGGUUCCCGCAUUCGCCGGAUAAGGGCGGAUUCCGGAGCGAGUAUUACGAUUGAUGAGGCUCUCCCUGGGGCCACCGAUAGGAUCAUUACGAUCGCCGGAGCACCCGGACAGAUACGCAUGGCACAGUAUUUAUUGCAGCAAAGCGUCAAAGACCACGGAGAACUGAAGGAGCAGCACUAAACAAUAAAGAAAAAGGCAUAAUAUGAUGAUCUGAGUUAAGAAUCCACCUCCAACCCACCAACUUAAUAAUGAUAUAGACUACACACACACCCACCCACACACCACCAACCACCACAGAUACUAAAAAUAGGAGUGGAUCUUCUCCACCGUAAAAUACUACUUAAUACUAUACUACUCAAUUUUACAAGAUACCAUUAUUAUAAAUACUUACAAACCUGCCCUUCAAUUGUUAACCGUCAGAAGAAGAAGAAGAAAAAAAACAGUUAUCCAUGAUAUCCUCCUCUCUUCACUAUUGUGUAUCUACUACUAUCUACUACUACUUUACUCCUGUGCUAAAAAUUUAUACCCUCAGCCAAACCAAUAAUCUUCUACCCAGUACACGCCGACAAGUAUUAUUUUACUAAUAAUCAAUCCUAAGUAAAUUAAUAACCUCCUUUGUUUUUUUUAUCAUCGUCACUCUUGACCUUUUCUGUGACCUGGUCGAUGCAUAUUGUUACUUUCUUUGCAUGUGGAAAUCAAGUUUAUCCUGUUUUCCAAAUUUCCAAACUUAAAAGCUAUGUUCUCAAGUUCAUACAUAACAUAGGACUCGUAAAAAUCAACGCAUUUUCAAUCAAUUCUCCGCUCUGGGAAUUUAUUUUAAAAUUCUGGACGACAAAUUUGUAGUCGGUGAGUUGAUUAAUGGAAUGGCGUUGAGUUUUUUAACCUAGUUUCGAUGAGACCCAAUUUUCCUGAAGGCUUCUUAAACUUGAGAUCUCCUCCUUCAAAAAUGGCCAAAAUCUGGAGUGUACAUUUUCAAAAAAUUGGCAACGACUUGUUCUAGAAUUUUAAAAUACAUGCUCAGAACCGAGAAAGGAUUAUAAAUGUGCUGAUUUCGACGAUAAGUCAUCGAGUCCAAUGAUAAGUAAUUACAUACUUAUCGUUUUACUUAAGUAAUGCACUUCCAAUUUUUUUUAAAGUGUCACAUUUACAUAUAAUUUCUCCUCCUAGAAUUUGUUACAUACACGACUUUGUAUGUAUGUAUUUCUACUUUUGACAAGCUACUCACUCACCUCACUCACUCACCCAGAUACUUAAUGUCACCACGUUAGUUCCUAAAUUUCGACUCUUAUCCUGCGCAGUUAAAGAAUAAUUUACAUGUUCACGUCUUGAGUUAAUGAGAAUCCAAUAUCAGGCAGGGUCAGUACAUAUUUACAUAUAUUACUUACUACGAUUUAAACCUAGAGAGAAACGUCGUCAAUAAAACUGUUUGCUAUUAAUUGUUAAUUAUCAUUACUGCCGACUAGUGCGCACGUGUAUGCGUGCAAAUUAUCGUGUCUCCUCCUCAUAUAAAAUCCCCCUUUGUUAUUAUUUUGUAUCGUGUACAAUUUCCUUGUUGUCGUUGAUGUUUGCUUGUUACGUAAUUUUAUUGAUUGGAUAGUUAAUUAAUUAGUUAGUUAAUUAGUUAGUAGUACUUACAAUGGAACCUUUUUUCAAGCUACACCUGGAUUUUGUAGCGAGUUAUAUAACAAAAUCAAGCCAAAAAUUAGGAAUUACCAGACCCUUAUCUUUCCGUUGAAGGGUACCCCCUUUGAAGAAACAAGGUUCAAUUUUUGAGUAAAUUUUUCCUCCACGUGGCCAAAACCACGUGGGAACUUUGCCCCCAAUAUUUUUCUUCGAAUGGGUCCCUCAACGGAAUCAUAAGUGCCACGUGAUUCCUAAUUUUUGGCUCGAUUUUUUACUAUAAUCCGCUCCACAAUCCCGGUCUAGCUUGACAAAAGGUUCCCUUGUUCGUGUUCGGGUGUGACAAUUAGUUGGUUAUGUCCUUAUUUAUAUACAUUGAUUGGUCAUCAUCAUGACGGCGGUGAUUACAAUGAUGACGAUGAUGAUGAUCCUAUAGUAUUAAAUUUGCAUUUGUAUUAAAAAAUACCUACCUACUUCACCCCUCCUCCUGCUCUGGGGUGUGGUGGGGCGUCAUUGUGCGUCGCCACCACCGCCGCCACCAUAAUAAUAAUGAUAUUGCUAUAUGAAUCUGUUUGUAAUACGAGAAUGGAGACGUGGAUUGGGGAUUGGAGAAUCUCUCUCUUUUUUCUUCGGGGGAAGGCGCAUUUACUUCGACGACGAGGGGGAGGAGGAAGGAGAAGAAUAAGAAAAGAGCGUAAAUAUUUAAGAGAAUGAAAUGAUCAUGUAAUAUCCUAUAUUCCAUUAAAUUAUCCAAUCCACCAGGACAAAAAUUGAAUAAUAAAAUUUCACGUCAACCUAA